AACCUCCAAAAACUAAACCCUCACGGAUGGUUUACACACUGGCCUCUCUCUUUGUGGACUUGUCGCUGCCUUGCUAAAUUGCCGCUGCAGCGCCGCAGCGCCCAAUGGCGCCUUCAUUUGAUCUUCUUGUAAAACAAAAGACGAGUGUCAGCAAAAACAACAUGAAGCCAUGGUAGAGAUGUUAGAAAAGGGUGAACUUACAACUGGGAGAGGGUUGAAUCAAGAAAGUAGUUUAGGUAGGCCAGGAGCUACACGUUGGGGUACACAUCAUACAACCAAUAUUCAUAUUCUUUCUAUGUGGUCUGCUACUAUUCAAGUUCUUGAUAAUAUAUUGGAUGAUGGAACUGAACUAAAAUCAAGAGGCGCCGCUAGUAGCUUGGUAGAAAAGAUGGAGAGUUAUCAAGUUGUUUUUAUAGCUCACUUGAUGAAAAAAGUAUCGGGAUUGACGAAUAUAGUGUCACAUUUCUUGCAAUAAAAAGAUCAAAACAUUCUCAAGGCUGUGAGUUUACUUAAAAGCACUAAAGCUAAAUUUCAAGAUUUGAGAGAAAGUGGAUGGAAUGAUCUCUUGGAAGAUGGCAAUAGCUUUUGUGUCAAGAACGAAAUUGACAUUCUUAACAUGGAAGAGAAGAAUCAUUGUUCUAGAGAUGCUCGUCACCCGAUAACAAAUUAUGAUCACUUUCGAGUUGAUAUAUUUUGCAAGGUUGAUGAUUUGGAGUUGAGAAAUGAAGAGAGGAGGGGGAAAUGUUUCUGGGAUGAGUAGUGAGAGAAUGGCUCGAGAUUCUGUAUGGAAGGAGAUGGAUUAAGGCAAUAUAAUGAUAAGAUGAUUAAUGAUUAACUGCUAGAAUUUACGGAGCAUA